AUGAAACAGCACGCACAACAGUCGUUUUGGAAACGUAAAGGACUCAAGUUGCCAGGAAGUGUUGCUAUUGUUCCUAGCUGGACAAAUACUUCACCUGAUAAUGACUCACAAGAAUCAACAACAACAACAACAACAACAACACCUAUCAUAGGCGCGCGAUACACGUACACCAGUCUAGUAACAACACAAGAUACUUUCUCAAAACCUGCCAUACUACCUUCUCAAUAUUCACAACCAACAACCAUUACUACUCAGACAAGUAAAAAAUCAGAAUCAAAACAAAAGCAACCACAACCACAAAAGAAAAAUCAUACGCGAAAUACAUCACAUAACAAAUCAUUUAAUGCGUUCUUGAGAGAUACAAAUGAUGAAUGGAAUGACACGAUUCUUGGUUCUAAUGAACCAAAAACAAUUGAAUCUAUUAAAGAAGAUCAGACUAUUGAUCAUGAAGCACUUAACAAAGCAUCUAAAGCAGCAGAAGCUAUCAUUGCAACAGCACAAACUCAAAAGAAGCAAUCAAAGAAUCCAAAUGGAGUCAAAGACCAUAUAGAAGAAUUAAUACUAGGCAAUCAUUCGUUAAAAUGGAUUGAUUUGGAAGAAACAAAAGAUCCUUCAAGACUGAAGAAGUUUCAGGAGAUAUUAUCUGUAACGAAUGUUGAUCUUGUGGCAUUGCGAUCUUUGAGUUGGAGUGGUAUACCUGAACAAGUGAGAAUGAUGGCAUGGCAAUUAUUAUUAGGAUACCUUCCUUGUAAUUCAGCCAGAAGAGAAACUACGUUAGCUCGUAAACGAAAAGAAUAUGCGGACAGUGUGACAGCAGCUUAUGCAAGAGGAACAGCAGGAUUAGAUCAAGCUUUAUGGCAUCAAAUACAUAUUGAUAUACCUAGAACAAAUCCUGGUAUUCCACUCUAUCAAUAUGAAGCUACACAGAUGUGUCUUGAAAGAAUAUUAUACCAAUGGGCAAUACGACACCCAGCAAGUGGUUAUGUGCAGGGAAUCAAUGACCUAGUAACACCCAUUUUUGAAGUAUUCCUUUCUGCCUAUAUCGACCAAGAUCCAGAACAAUACGAUGUCAGUAAAUUAGAUAAAGAAGUAUUGUCUGUGAUUGAAGCAGAUAGUUUUUGGUGCUUAUCAAAAUUAUUGGAUGGUAUUCAAGACAAUUAUACAUUUGCACAACCUGGUAUUCAGCGACAAAUAGUCACUCUAAAGGAACUAGUGACACGUAUUGACGCUCGCCUAGCUCAGCAUUUACAAAAUGAAGGAAUUGAAUUUAUUCAGUUCGCAUUCCGGUGGAUGAACUGUCUAUUAAUGAGAGAACUGCCCUUACGUAGCACGAUCCGGAUGUGGGACACAUAUCUAGCCGAAGGGUCGUCAGAAGGGUUCUCAGAAUUCCAUGUCUAUGUUUGUGCUGCAUUCUUAGUGAAAUGGUCCAAUCAGCUACAGAAACUUGAUUUUCAGGGUGUCAUGAUCUUUCUUCAGCAAUUGCCCACACAAGGCUGGCAGGCAAAAGAUGUUGAACUUUUACUUUCUGAAGCAUAUAUGUGGAAAACUUUGUUCCAUAAUGCUCCUAAUCAUUUAAAAUAA